ACCACCUGCGACAGGACACCAGCAGGCUGCCAUGGACAGCUGCACGUACAGCGUCCCAUCGUGUCACAAGCCUGGCCGCCAUGGUGCAGACGUGCGGGGUCGCACUCGGGACCCCAGCAGGCCCACCUAGGUAGUGCUUCCGGAGCAGAACCCUCCAAUCCCGUCCCGCUUCAGCGGCGUCCUCAGAACCGGAAAUAAAAUGCAGAGAGAAUAGGCCAAUCGGAAAUCGAACCCUGCUGUGGGUGGGGCUGCCCUGGAAGCCAAUCAGACACCAAAGCUAGAAAGCGGCGGACCCUGGCAACUAUAGCCAGCGCUGCCACCGCUGCUGCCACUAUCGCUGUCAUCAUCGCUGCUGACUCUGCCCAGCUGAAAUGACCGUGGGGAGGACUGAGGGAGGCCCCGGCGGCGUGGAGGGGAGCCGUCAGAUAUUUCCCCGCAAAUCCUCCUCGGACACAGAGGCAGCAGAGGAGCUGUCUGGGCAUGGGCUGGUUUUGCCCAGGGCUGGCAAACUUGAUGAGUUCCUCAGCCCAGAGGAGGAGAGAGAUUCUACUUCUGACUCAACUGGACGCUUUUACCAGACCUUACAGGUACUAAAGCAGAAAGGCAGACCAUGUCUGUUGGAGUCUCUCUUUCAAUCUGACCCAGAUAGUGAUGAAAACCUCUCUGAAGAUGAGGAGGACCUGGAGAGUUUCUUCCAAGACAAGGGCAGGGGGAAGGUGCAGGCCCAGUGCCCCCGGGCUCUGAGGAGUGGCUCCACAAGGCGCUGCAGCUCCCUGAGCAGCCUUCCCUCCAACAUUCCCAGGGCUCAGACCCAGCCCCGCUCAAGCUCGAGGCCUCCCUCCCAGCACAGAAGUGUCAGCUCUUGGGCAUCAUCCAUCACUGUCCCUCGGCCAUUCCACAUGACGCUGCGCGAGGCCCGGAAGAAGGCCGAGUGGCUGGCCUCGCCUGCCUCCUUUGAGCAGGAGAGGCAGCGGGCCCAAAGGCAGGGUGAGGAAGAGGCCGAGUGCCAUAGGCAGUUCCGGGCCCAACCUGUGCCUGCACAUGUCUACCUGCCCCUCUACCAAGAGAUCAUGGAGAGCAGCGAGGCCCGAAGGCGGGCAGGGAUCCAGAAGCGGAAAGAACUGCUCCUCUCUUCUUUGAAGCCCUUCAGCUUCCUGGAGAAGGAGGAGCAGCUAAAGGAAGCUGCUCGACAGAGAGACUUGGCUGCCACAGCUGAAGCCAAGAUCUCCAAGCAGAAGCCCACCAAAAGGAUCCCCAAGUCCAUUUUGGAGCCAGCCCUUGGGGAUAAACUCCAGGAAGCUGAGCUAUUCAGGAAAAUUCGUAUCCAGAUGAGAGCCCUGGACAUGCUCCAGAGGGCCUCUUCCCCUAUCGCCUCUAGUAACAGGGCUAACCCACAGCCCCGCACAGCCACCCGGACCCAGCAGGAAAAGCUUGGGUUUCUGCACACUAACUUUGGAUUCCAGCCUCGGGUGAAUCCUGUGGUCCCUGACUAUGAGGCCCUUUACAAGGCCUUCCAGAGAAGAGCAGCCAAAAGAAGAGAAACCCAAGAGGCCACUCGCAACAAGCCCUUCCUGCUGAGGACUGCCAACCUGCGCCACCCUCAGCAUCCCUGUGAUGCCACCACCAGCAGAGGCAGGACGGAUUCCCCACAGCUGCCAGCUACACCCCUGCCAAGGAGUCGUUCUCUGAACGGCCUUGCCUCCCUCUCUGCCAACACUCUCCCUGUGCACAUCACAGAUGCCACCAGGAAGAGGGAAUCUGCAGUCAGACGUGCACUUGAAAAAAAGAACAAAGCAGAUGAGAGUAUUCAGUGGUUGGAGAUACACAAAAAGAAGUCUCAAGCGAUGUCCAAAUCUGUGACCUUGCGUGCAAAGGCCAUGGAUCCCCAUAAAAGCCUGGAGGAAGUGUUCAAAGCAAAGCUAAAAGAGAACCGGAACAAUGACCGUAAAAGAGUGAAAGAAUAUAAGAAAGAAUUGGAAGAAAUGAAGAAGAGAAUACAAACAAGGCCCUAUCUCUUUGAACAAGUUGCCAAGGAUCUAGCCAAGAAAGAAGCAGAACAAUGGUAUCUAGACGCCCUGAAGCAGGCUGGGCUGGAGGAAGACUUUGUGAGAAGCAAGGGGCAAGGCAUCCAGGCUGUAGAAGAGGAGACCCAAGUCAAGGACCUUCCCAGCAUCCAAGAAACUACAAAAUUCAGCAUCAGAGAUGAUCCACAGCAGGAUUUAGAAGGAUCUCUAGAACAGCCUGCAAGCCCCAGGAAAGUACUGGAGGAGCUAUCUCAUCAAUCAUCAGAAAAUCUCCAAUCACUUGCCUAAUCACUACACUUAAAAUUACUGCUUUUGAAAAAUAUUAAGCAGAUAACUUGGGUUUGAGCCAAGGCAGGCAAAACUUGGGUUUUGAGUCAUGGCUACUGCUAGUGGACGGGGGAAAAGAAGAGUACCAGGUAACAGUCCGCUCGAGGUGGGCAGAUCACCUGAGGUCAGGAGUUUGAGACCAG